CUCUUUUCUGGUGACAUCAACAGAGUGAGAGAGAGAGAGAGAGAGAGAGAGAGAGAGAGGAUUUUGGGGGAAACCUAAGUACAAAUCUGUCUGCCUCUCACUCUCACAAGCUCCAGGGGUACCAGUCUGUGUUGCGCCUCUGCUCUCUCAACUUUUUUUUUUAUCAUUAGAACUCCUCUGUAACUCUCACUUUUUUGAUUCCUUGGCAGCGGAGGGAUGUUCUCUGGAAGGAGGUUACACCCGAGCUGAACGUUUUCACCUUGGAAAGUUUAAGAGUCAGGCUGAUAACUUCUCGGAGAGUUUGUGAAUGGGGAGCAUUUGAGGAGACUUUUACGCAUCGAGUUGAGUGGCGCACGGUAGACUGUUUUAAAAGAAAACUUUUUUUCUUUGUGAGUGUCACAUCCAAAUCCUCAAUUUCUCCAUUUUCUUCAAUGGCAAGGGAGCGUUUUAAGGAGAUUCUGACAGAUCGAGUCUCUUGAGAGAAACUUUGGUGAACUUCUGCAACAGCGAACUCGAUUUGAUUUCGGCUCCCAUCACUUCUUUUUUUAAUUCUACCACACAGUGGUACGGCCUCUCCUGACCUUUUUCGGGAUCCUUACUUCCACAACGUGUGCCCCCACCCCCAUCCCCUCCCGCGGAUUUUCAAUUAACUUCGGUUUGGAAGUAAUUAAAGUGGAUAUCAUGCCUCCGAUCGGACCGGAGAAGCGGGCUGCGCUUUGCCGGGUUUGGGCUCUGGCUUUUGCGCUGCUGAUGUGCGCUGCUUCGGUGACUGGAUGCCCACACAAGUGCAGCUGCUCUGGGUCGCAUGUGGACUGCCAGGGUCUGGGUUUGAAGACCGUGCCUAAAGGAAUACCGAGGAAUGCCGAGCGCCUGGAUUUGAACAGAAACAACAUCACCAGAAUCACUAAAGUGGACUUCUCUGGCAUCAAGAACCUCAGGAUUCUUCACCUGGAGGACAACCAAAUCAGUGUUAUCGAGAGAGGAGCCUUUCAGGACCUCAGACUGCUGGAGAGACUUCGUCUGAACAGAAACAAACUCCAGUUUCUCCCAGAGCUUCUCUUCCAGUCCAACCCCAAACUAGGACGACUAGACCUCAGUGAGAACCAGAUUCAGGCGGUUCCAAGGAAAGCUUUCAGAGGAAUCACAAGUGUCAAGAACCUGCAACUGGACAGCAACCACAUCAGCUGCAUCGAAGAUGGAGCUUUCCGAGCGCUGCGCGAUCUGGAGAUUCUCACCCUCAACAAUAACAACAUCACCCUCAUCCCCCUGUCGAGCUUCAACCACAUGCCCAAGCUGCGGACACUGCGUCUGCACUCCAACAAUCUCCACUGUGACUGUCACCUGUCCUGGCUCUCUGAUUGGCUCAGAGCCAGGCGGGGCUUGGCUCCCUUCACCCAGUGCAUGGUCCCUGCCCACAUGAGGGGCCUCAAUGUCCCAGAUGUGCAGAAGAAGGAUUUUGUCUGCAAUGGUCCAGCACAGACAGAGUCGAGGACUUGUGUUCCUCAGGUAGCUGUGUGUCCAGCCAGCUGCAGCUGUAACAACAACAUAGUGGACUGUCGUCGUAAAGGCCUUACUGAAAUACCAGCCAACCUCCCUGAGGGCAUUGUGGAGAUUCGUUUGGAGCAGAACUUGAUUAAAAGUGUCCCUGCAGGAGCCUUUUCUGCCUACAAGAAGCUCAAGAGGAUUGACUUGAGUAAGAACCAGAUUUCUGACAUUGCUGCUGAUGCUUUCAGCGGCCUUCGGUCACUCACCUCACUGGUGUUGUAUGGCAACAAGAUCACAGAGCUGCCCAAGGGAUUGUUUGAUGGACUGGUUUCCCUGCAGCUACUGCUGCUGAAUGCCAACAAAAUUAACUGUUUGAGAGUCAACACCUUCCAAGACCUACAGAACCUCAACCUGCUGUCGCUGUACGACAACAAACUGCAAACAAUCAGCAAAGGACUGUUCACCCCUCUGCGCUCCAUCAAGACUCUCCAUCUGGCCCAGAAUCCCUUUAUGUGUGACUGUCACCUGAAGUGGCUGGCAGACUACCUGUUUGACAACCCUAUUGAGACCAGUGGAGCGCGCUGCAGCCACCCCAGAAGGCUGGCUAACAAACGCAUCAGCCAGGUUAAAGGCAAGAAGUUCAGGUGCACAGGUCAGGAGGACUAUCGUAGUCGCCUGAGUGGGGAGUGUUUCCAGGAUCUAGUGUGUCCUGAGAAAUGUCGCUGUGAAGGCACCGUGGUCGACUGCUCCAAUCUCAAACUGACCCGUGUACCUCCACACAUCCCUGAACACACCUCAGACCUGAGGUUAAACGACAAUGAGAUUGCCGUCCUGGAGGCUGCAGGAACGUUUAAGAAGCUGCCUAACUUGAAGAAGAUCAACCUGAGCAACAACAAGCUGAGGGACAUCCGUGAUGGUGCGUUUGAUGGAGCAGGUGGAGUUUUGGAGCUUCUGCUGACAGGGAACAAGCUAACUGGACUGCAGGGACGCAUGUUCAGAGGCCUCAUUGGCCUGAAAACUCUAAUGCUGCGGAGCAACCAGAUCAGCUGUAUUGACAACAGUACAUUCACGGGUCUGAGCUCUGUGCGUUUGCUGUCGCUAUAUGACAACAGGAUCUCCAGCAUCGCCCCAGGAGCCUUCUCCACCCUGCAUUCCCUGUCCACCAUUAACCUCCUGUCCAACCCAUAUGUGUGUGAUUGUCAUUUGGCCUGGUUGGGUCAGUGGCUGAAGAAGACCAGGGUGGUCAGUGGAAACCCUCGCUGUCAGAAACCAGCCUUCCUGAAGGAGAUCCCCAUCCAGGACGUGGCCUCCCCAGACUUCACAUGCGACGGUGCUGAGGAUAAUGGUUGUCUUCCUGCGUCUGGUUGUCCUGACGUCUGCACGUGCUCAGAUGGCGUGGUGCGAUGCAGCAACAGAGGGCUGCACUCUCUGCCCAAGGGCAUUCCCAAGGACACCACGGAGCUUUACCUGGAGGGUAAUAUGCUGACAUCUGUGCCCAAGGAGCUGGCAGUCCUGAAGCAGCUGUCACUGGUGGAUCUGAGCAACAACAGCAUCAGCACAUUGGCCUCGUAUACCUUCAGCAACAUGACUCAACUAGCCACACUUAUCCUGAGUUAUAACCAGAUUCGCUGCAUCCCAGUUCAUGCCUUCGACGGGCUCAAGUCACUUCGCCUGCUCACUCUCCAUGGUAACGACCUUUCAACCAUACCAGAAGGAGCUUUCAACCACCUCACCUCUCUGUCCCACUUGGCUCUUGGUGCCAACCCCCUGUACUGUAACUGUGACCUGCGCUGGCUCUCUCAGUGGGUCAAGGCUGGCUUUAAAGAGCCUGGUAUUGCUCGUUGUACUGGACCUCCUGACAUGGCUGACAGGCUACUGCUCACCACACCACUCAACAGAUUUCAGUGUAAAGGUCCAGUAGAUAUCAGUCUGAUGUCAAAGUGUGCCCCCUGCCUGGCAGCACCCUGCCAAAACAAUGGUACCUGUGUUUCCGAUGCUACUGGAUCAUACCACUGCACCUGUCCGUAUGGAUUCAAGGGUCAAAACUGUGAAAUACCCAUCAAUGCCUGUAUUAGUUUCCCCUGCUCUAAUGGAGGAACCUGCCACAUUCAGCAUGGCCAUGAAGACCACUUCAGCUGUGUGUGUCCGCCAGGUUUCGAGGGCCAACGUUGUGAGAUAAACCCAGACGACUGUGAAGACAACGACUGUGAGAACAACUCCACCUGCAUCGACGGAGUCAACAACUACACCUGCAUCUGUCCACCCAACUACACAGGUGACCUGUGUGAGGAGGUGAUUGACCCUUGUCUCCAUGGUUUCGACCCCUGUCAGCACGACUCAAAGUGUGUCCAUGUUGGCCGCAGUUACAGGUGUGAGUGUUUACCGGGCUAUGUGGGCCAACACUGUGAGCAGGACUAUAAUGACUGUCUGGAGAAUAAGUGUCAACAUGGAGCAGAGUGCGUGGACGCUGUCAACGGCUAUACCUGCGUCUGUAAAGAGGGUUUCAGCGGACUGUUCUGUGAGAACCCUCCACCAAUGAUCUUGCUGCAGACCAGCCCCUGCGACCAAUCGGAUUGCCAGAACGGCGCUCAGUGCCUGGUGGUUGCUGGGGAGCCCAUCUGCCGCUGCAUGCCCAGUUUCUACGGCAACAAAUGUGACAAGAUGGCCACUGUUCACUUCCUGGGUCGGGAUGGGUAUGUGGAGCUGCCCGGCGCAAAGCUCCGUCCCACCGCGCAUAUUUCAUUACAGGUGGCUACAGAUAAAGACAACGGUAUUUUGUUGUAUAAGGAGGACCAUGACCCAAUGGCACUGGAGCUGUACCAGGGACACAUACGACUCAUCUACGAUAUCGCCAACUACCCACCCACCACUGUAUAUAGCGUGGAGUCUGUGAAUGACGGACUUUUCCACACUGUUGAGUUGUUGAUUCAGAACCGUUCACUGAGCCUGGUGGUGGAUAAUGGUGCCCCCAAGAGCCUGGGCAAGCUUGCACGCCAGCCCUCCGUCGACCACAACACCCAACUCUACAUAGGAGGUGUACCAUCUCAGGUGGUGGCCACAGGUCUACGACCUGGCCCUGAACGUUCCCCUCAGGCUUUUAAUGGCUGCAUCCACAAUGUCCGAAUCAAUGGUGAGCCUCAAGACCUGAGUUACCAAGCCGCAGGAGGAUCGCGACCACAAGGGGUCGAGGGCAAGCGUGAUGCCAUUCUUGCAGGGUGUCAUUCCUGCAGUGUGUGUGCCCAGGGUGCGUGCAGGGAGGGAGGAGAGACGGGGGUGACAUGUGAUUGUCCUCCAGGACGCAGCGGGGUCCUGUGUGACCAGACGACAGCACCCAGCCCCUGUCAGAACAGCAGAUGUGUACAUGGUCUGUGUGUGCCAAAGGGUCAGUCCUAUAGUUGCAAGUGCAGUGAAGGCUACCAGGGUCAGUACUGUGAUCGACGGCAGGAGCCUCCAGCCUGCAGGGGGCAUCGCUGCGGACACGGGGAGUGUCGUGUGUCAGAGGGAGGAGAGCCCGUCUGCCACUGUCAGCCAGGGUACACCGGACCUACCUGUGACACAGUGCUUACAUGUCAAGGAGAGAUGGUGAGGGAGCAGCUGAAGAGCCACCACCCGAUGAGAACAUGUACAUCCACCAGCAAGAUUCCCCGCAUGGAUUGUCCCCGAUCCUGCCAGGCCGCAGCACCCCCAGGUGUUUGCUGUGGCGUCACCAAGAGCAGAAGGAGAAAGGCAGUUUUCCGCUGCACCGACGGCACCUCGUACUCCGAGGAGAUGGAAACUGCUCUGGAAUGUGGCUGCUCCAAGUGCCCGUUGUAACAGCACCACAGUUUGUUAGUUUGUUUUGCAACACCCACCGCUGCCAUUUUGUGAAUUCUACAUGUCAAUAAGGCUGUCGCUCUGAGAUUUUUCCACGUUGACGAGCACCACCAUUAUGUGAUUUUGUUUUUACACAUUCAGUUUGACCGCCGCCAAUUUGCUGCCAAGAGAAAAAACAAACAAAAACAAAAAUGGGACAUGUGUGCGUGUUUUUUGACAGAGAGAAAAUAUAUUGUAAGAUAUAAGUGAGAAAAAACAUAGAACUUAUUUUUAUUAUGGAUUUUUUUUUCUAAAAGAUGAUAAAAGGACUGAUAAGUUGUUUUUUAAUAUGUUGAUUAUAUAUUGUGUUACAUAGUAUGAAAAGUUAUUUUGUACCUUGUAAGGAGAAAACAUACACAGCAAAAUAGAUUAACAUUCCUUAAAAGUAUAUGAAUUUAUAUGUAUGUAUAAAUCUAUAUAAAUAUAUACCCUAACCCAAUGAAUUUUAUAUUUUCAAAGUGUAUUUGCAUGAUGUUAAUGUGAGUGCUGAUGUGUGGGAGGCUUUGGACACUGAGAGAGGAGGGCUGAGAGAGAAGAGCUCCCUUGAUUCCACAACAAGGAAAAGGUGGCGGUAUUUUGUUUCCCUCUCUCUUGGAGAAAAAAAGGAAACUGUAUGUGCCUAGCAAACCUGCUUCACUAUAUAAUGGACAUCAUCCUCACAUGUGAGUUCUUUGAGAAAACAUAAAAGACUCUUUCCACAGAGAUGAUAUAACAGGUUGUUCUAAUAUUGUGUUAUUCUUUAGUUUGCUGUUGCACACCAGACUUGGAGCCACAUGAGGUUUGACACGAAAAUCUGAAAGACAUUUGAUUAAUAUUAGAAAUUAAACAUUAUACAUCAGGAAUUCCCAUUCAAAUCAGCAAUAGUGAAAUUAUACUGUAGAUUCAGCAUCAUGCUGAUUCUAUAAUUAUUAGCUACUGAGAUUUAAAAUGUGUUUUAAAACAGAUACCAAGGCAAUCCCUGAUGAGUCAUGAGAGCUCAUAGCUUAGGUUCAGGUGGAAACAAGAAGCCAUUUUUAAUCAAACCAAACAUUCACAUAAUAAACAAGUUUUUUUAAGGAGUAACUUAAUGCCAGGCUGAAAAGCAGUGUUUCAAUGUUUUAAGUGUGCAUCACUGCUGAGUGUAGUUGGUUGUGGUCAGAAGUACUGUAUGCUUUGUUGCACCUGUAACCACCUCCAACAGUGAUGUGACAGUGUACUGACACACCCUGGGGUGCACUUCAGCAUCACUGCAGCACGUUGAGAUGUUAAAUCACUGGAGCAAAAACAACAUUUUCAGCUGGUUUAUGUUGCUCUUUAAAUAGCUGCUUCACAUGAGAAGAUUUUUUUGAGUGUUGAAUAAAGCCAUUAUGCCAAAGUCAACUGUAUUUGCCUUAACAUAAGUAUGUCAAAAAUGAUUGACUGAAAAAUUGUUGAUUGUUGACAAAGUUCAAGUGCCUUGGUGUAGUUAUAUUUUUAAAUUCAAAAAUGUUGCUGCAACAUUGUCAGCGGCUGCUACUGAAUAUUUGAUCAUUUUGGAUGGAUAAAGGCAUUGUUAUGUCGCAUGUGGCAGUUGACACCGGUCUCCAUGACAACACAAUCAAAAAUCUAUGGUGGCCUUCUUUAGUUCCCAAAGGGAAUGUACUUACAUUCAAUAAAUAUCCCUCUCUCCUAAUCAGGUUGUGUGGGCAGGCCCUAUGAAAUGUGUAGAAAUUCUAAAGCAAUUGAAACAAUUUAAUUGAGUCAAAACAAGAGAAGCCUUAAUCACGCCACAGUCCUUUUGGUAUGAAUUAUUUGUGGUAGAAAGUAUAUCUUCAUAGCCUCAUGUUGAAUGUGAAAUUGCCAGAUCAACAAGAACCCAUUUCUUUUUUCCCCUCUUACAGUGUUAAUGUGUGAUGCAUUCAGUGUGUUACAUGAUAACAUUAUAUAAUGCAGAUUGUUUGGUGGACCAUGGUGUGCUUUAAGGUGCAUACGGAAAAACUAUUUUCAGUUUUAAGUUUAAAGUGAAGCUUUUUGAUAAUUUGUUAAUGUUUUAAAUUUUCCACAUUGACAGUGUGGGGUGGAGGUUUAAAAAAGUGACUUGCAGUCAUUGACCAAAAGACAGAGUGCUCCAAUCUGAUCACAGCAAACCUCCACAUUAACGACUCAGUUGCCUGCUGCAUCAAUGUAGCUUCUGUAACUUUGUCACAUGAAAGAAUCCGAUUUGGACCAAGGUACCACAACACAGCUGAAAAAAAAAACUUUCCAUAGAUGACUAACAUUAUUAAAAGUAUAACAAAAGACUAUAAUGUAACUACUACUGUAUUGUUUACUUUAUACAUUGUUGCUUUGUUUACAAUAGGUGCAAAAUUGUCACACUUUUACAGUUAAUUUACAGCUCUACUAUUCUGGGUUUGAGACAUGUCAGUAUUGUCUUUGUCUGUCAAUGUCAGUUUACACACCUUCUGUUUCUUCUACCUGAUCCUUCUUCUCACUUCGUGUCUUCAUGCCUGUCCCUUCCCCUCCCUGCUUCUCUCUGCCUUUGUCCCUGCUUUGUCUCUGCCUUUUCAUUCUUUGCUUCCAUUCCUGUUUUCACAACAAUUUGAGCUUUUAUCUUUUGCCCCCUUGCUCUGUUCAUCUCCUCUUUUCCUGACCCUAGUUCUCCAUUGUGAACAGAAUCAAACACCUUAGUUAUUAGUUAUUGACAAUAAAAAUAACCGUUAAGUCAGCCAUUUCCAUUACCCAGCUCUUAGGUUAAGAAAAACACGAAUAUGUGAGUAAUGAUAAUUGAUACUUAUGUUGAAUGUUAAAAUUAAACUACCAUUGAAACUAUA